AAUAAUUCUCAACAAUUUAUCUAUAUUCUCUACAGCAGACUGGGAAAGAGAAAGAGUGACAGCAGCAUGACAGAGGCCGGAGCAGAAAUGAACAGAGCUUGGACCAGAAGUGCCCUUGAAUGCUCAUAUGCUCCCCCCUGUUAAAAAUGAACAAAUCGCCUACUGUGGAUAACGUUACAUAUGAUGUGUCAAAGUACCGUCUCCAACUUCAAUAAUGAACUGGGGAGGGAGAGGAGGAGAGGAGGGAAGUAGGAGGAAGAGAUGGAGGUAAAGGAGGAGGAGGGAGAGAAGAAGAGGAGGAGGUAGAGGAGGACACAACUUGCUUCCAGCUGUGUCUCUUGGUUUUCAGACAGAGUGAGUGCUCGUGUCUGCAGCUGCAGUGUUUUUGGAGCUCGGCCCAAUGGUUACAUCAUAGGAUGACAUCAUAGUAUGAGCUCACCUCGUGUUUUUCUCUCUGAGCAGCAACUCUGUUCUGAGCUGCUGUCGGCGUUUCCUCUUCUGUCGCACUCUGCUUUUAUUUUACAGGUUUUAGCUGUAAAUCUGAUCCGCUAUCUUGUAUUUUAAUCAUCAUCUUCAUCAGGACGACGCUGCCAUCACCAUCAUCAUCAUCAGCAUCAUCAUCAUGAGGAAGGUCCAGCCGUUCACCAUCAGCACCAAACUGUCCAUCGCCUCUGACCACAACCACCAGGACCACACACCUGAUCUCCAUCUGUCCACACCCUCUGUGACAUCAGAGCCAGACUCCGCCCCCUCCCAAGCACCACCCGACCCUCCUCACACACUACAUGACGAAGAGGAGGAGGACGAGGAAGGAGAACUGCUGUCUCCAUGCGCCUCCUCCAGAUCUGUCAGAAAGAUCGCCAUCUGCAGGAGCACAGAGGAAGCAGCGCAUGCUGGGCUAUCACCACCAUCACCACCGCAGGUGGAGGUGAAACUGAGUGAAGAGGAGGAGGCAGUGAUGAAGAGCACCUGUGAACAUCUCUCUCAACAGGAAGUGAAUCUCGCUUUGGAAGUUUCUUUGUUCUACCAACGAGCUGACAUCAUCCUGAGUGACAUCAGCAGGACUCUGAGCCAAUCAGAAAACACUAGACAACAUUUCUAUAAUAGCAAAGCAUCUUCACGAUCAUCUGAACAGAUUGAUGACAUCGCUGCUGACAUCACAGUGUUGGACAGGUGUGUUCAUCGUCUGUCUGAGCUUCAUCCCACACUGACAGCCAGAGUGAGACUCAAACAGAAGAAGGUGAAAACCUGCUGGACUCUGCUGCUGCAACGACACAGCAUAAAGCAAUCAGAUCCUCCUGAAGCUCUCUGCUCACAGUUUGGAGACAGACAGGAAGAACCAGGGCCAGGACCAGGACCAGGACCAGAACCAAGACAAUGGCCAGAACCACUGCCACGACCAGGACCACCAGGCUGCACUACACUGAGCAAGCCUCCAUCGUCAGAGAGACGAACAGAAAAAGAAGAAGAAGAAGAAGAAGAAGAAGAGAGUCCAGUGACUAUACCUGUCCGACUCUCACCUGUCAGAUGUGAUGAACAUCCUGAUCACAGCGCAGAUGUGACUCCGCUGGCCAGCAGCAUCAGUGUCUUUCUGACCUUUGACCCACAGACAGAGUUAAACCAGGACCAGGAACCUGCUGAGAGUCAGCUGACUCCCCCACCACUAACCCUGGUGACCAGGUGUGUACAGGUGCCAGGUGAGAGCAGAGAGACUCACUGCUGUAAAGAUUCAUCUUCAGGUGUUGAACCAUUCAUCAGCUCCUCUACCACAACCUUCCUCCCAAGAGUCAGCACCGUCGUUCUUCCUCCAUCCCCCUCCAACUGUUCGGUCUCCACACUGAACCUCCAGCCGGAAACAGCGAGAAUGAGGAGAGGCUCCACCCACCGACACAGGGUCAGUGGGAUGACCGGCGACAAGGAUGAGGGUGAGGAUAAGGAGGAGGACAAGGGCGAGGAUGAGAACGAGAGUAAGUAUCGAGAGAGGGAAGCUUCAACCCACAGACCCAACACGUGGCCUCAGGAGGGCAGAACCUCCCGACCUCCCAUCAACACAGAGCUGCUGCUGUACAUCCAGAACAACUCAGUGGUUGCCAUGGAAACAGAAGAUGCCACAGGUCAACUGGAGAUCAUACCAGGAGGUGAUGACACACAGGUGAGUGAUGAUUCACGAAAGAGCUGCUGCAGUGUUGCUCCCGAGUCCACCCUAGACCUGCCCACAUACACCAAUGAUGUUUUAAACUUCAAGUCCAAACAGGACACAAGGUCCAAAGUCCAACAGCCUCCAGAGUACAGCAGCAGCUCUGUCAGUCCAACCACCAUUUUAUCUGGUCUACAAAGACCUCAAGACCAGAACCAACAGGUUCACUUGCCAUCCAGCUCCAUCAGAAAGACUUCCAAUGAAAAUUCAGAGACCAACAAAGCUGAAGAUCAGGUGAAACUUCCAGGUGUCUCCUCAGAGUCUUCAUCUCUGCAUCCAGAGGAGGAAGGGUUGGCGCUAAGUUUUGUUUCGCCAACAGACAGCGAGGAUGACUUCUACUUCAGGUCCGAAGAGGACACCAGCAUCUCUGUUAGUCCUGCCACCAUCUUGUCACCAUCAGUUUACUUCUCAUCCAGCACCCUAAGAAGGGCCUUUAAUGAAAAUGUAGAGACCAAGGACAUUGAAAAUUCAGUGAAACCUACAUGUGUCUCCUCAGAGUCUUUUUUUGCUCUGCAUCAGGAGGAGGGAGGGCUGGCACUGAGUUUAAACCUGCCCACAGACCACAAGGACAUCUCCCACUUCAGGUCCAAAGAGGACAGUCCUGCAAACAUCUUAUCUGAUUUAAAUCCAACUCAAGACCAGAACCAGAGGACUGGCGUCUUAUUGAGUACCACCAGAAAGACCUUCAUUGAGAAUUCAGAGACCAGAGACAUUAAGGAUCAGGUGAUUCUUCCAGGUGUAUGUUCAGAGUCUUCCUCCAGUCUUCUUCGAAAAGAGGAAGGCAUGAUACUGAAGUUUGACACGCUGACAGACUGCAAGGACGUCUCAAACUUCAGGUCCAAAGAGGACACGAUCAGCUCUAUCCUAUCUGGUCUACACCAAACUCAAGACCAUAACCAACAGGCUGACUUCUUAAACAGCUCCAUCAGUAAGACCUUCACUGACAAUUCAGAGACCAAAGAAUCUGAAGACCAGGUGAGACUUCCAGGUGUCUCCUCAGAGUCUUCUUCUGCUCUGCAUCAAGAGGAUGGAGAGUUGACCCUAAGUUUUGACCAAUCCCAAGAUCGCGAGGACGUCUCACACUUCAGGUCCAUUGAGGACAGCAUCAGCUCCAUGAGUCCUGCCAACACCUUAUCUGGUGUGCAGAGACCACAAGACCAGAACCAACAGGUUGACCUUUCAUCAAGCGCCAUUAGAGAGGCCUUCAUCAAGAAUUCUGUGACCAAAGAAACUGAAGAUCAUGUGAAACCUCCAGAUGUCUCAUCAGAGUCUCUGUAUGCUCUGUUUCCAGGGGAGGAAGGUAACGUUAAUGGUGACUUCUUGACCCUGCAGCCAUCAGGCAGCUCCACCAUAAUCCAGGAGGACCAGGGAAACAAGAACAGACACAUCCUUCAGGAAGGUACGUUCAUCCAAAAGACUGAACAUGAUUCCUCUGGUCCUAAACUGGUUCACCAUCAGCACCAUUGUGUAAGUGUUCACAUUAAGACCUGUGACCUCAGAGGUCACAUUUAUCAGCCAAUCACAGGCCAUGCUCUCCUCUCCACCCAACGAGUUGAUGAACGUUCAGCCUCCAUGUGUCUGAGUCCUGGUCUGAGGAGGUCCAGUCGGGUGAUGGAGUGUCUACCUGAAGGCUGCUGUAUUUGUUCUGCUGGGUUAAAGUCCAUACAGGAAACAGAGUCAAACCAAAGAUCAGGCCCUCUUAGUCCUGGUCUGAGAAGGCCAAGUCGAGUGGUGAAGUGUCUGACUGAAGGCUGCUGUAUCUGUUCUGCUGGGUUAAGGUCCAGAAAAGAAACAGAGUCAAACCAAAGACCAGACCGUCUGAGUCCUGAUCGGUGGCUGUUUGAUGAGGUGGAGGACGAGCUGGAGGACAUCUGGAGACAGAUAGCACCCUGACCUGAAUACAAAACAUCUCAGAACCAGGUCCGAGUGUUCAUAGCAUGGUCACUGUGUGCAAUGAAUCAUGGGUAACAUAGUAACAGUAGAAACUGACUUUAAGAAGUAAAAGUAGCUGAUGUAGUUUGUUUGAAAAGUUGUUUGGAUAACACUUUACUCCCCUGUGCAUCAUGUAUAAUCAGUGUAUAAACAUGUAAUAACUGGUUAAUAACAGACUAUAAUGUAUUUAUUAACCACUAUAAUAAGUUUAAGCUGCUGUAUAAACAGAUGAAUGAUUAUAUAGUAAAACACAGUUGUAAUAAUAUAAAAUGUCUUCAUAGGAAAAGUUAUAAUAAAUACUUAACAUUAAUAAACACUUAAACAUGUCUUUAUAUCUGCUUACAGCAACAUGACAGUGUGUUAUAAACCAUUUAUUACAUGUUUAUAUACUGAUUAUAGAUGAAUUAUGAGGCUAAAGAAAAGUUUUAUAAUUGUUUCCAUAAAUACAGAAAAAACUUUGUCCAAAGACACUAAUGAUUUAGAGUUUCACUCAGAUUUUUCAGAAUUAUUCUUCUGUCACGUUCUUAUUUUCAUGAAUUCAUUCGGAAUCGAAGAAAUAAGAAGUUUAUAUUAAAAUGUGUAAUGAUGAUGUUACGGCCUCCAAGGUUGAUCCCCAACCAUGCAAACCUGAUAACUGAAAACCUGGUAACAAACUACAUACCAAAUAAUAAUAAUAAUAAUAAUGAUAAUAAUAGGUAACCUGUCAGUCACAGGGCUGACACAUAAAGACUGUACUGAGACCAGGUCCGACAGAGACAGGUUUAGCCUACCAGGAUCUGCUGUACUAGCAGGGGUCCGACAGAAACCAGGUCCUGGUGUGGAGUUAAAGACAGAAACCAGGUACUGGACUGGACUGUAUCUGCGGAGCCACACAGAGGUAACUGUUACUGUGUGUUAAAGAUUCAGAACAACAAACUGACUUGAAUGUCUCAUUGAAUUGAUUCAGUAGUAGUAGUAGUAGUAGUAGUAAUAGUAGUAAAGCUAUUUGUAGUAUUAGUAGUACAGUACAGUAGCCCUGUUAAUAUAAUCAGCACUCAGCAGUCAGUUUGCAGUAGUAGCCUACUGUUGAGUUCUUCAGGUUUCUGUUAGUUUAGUAAAAGUAGCAGUACAAAUAUUCUGUUAAGAGUAAAAGUCCUGAAUUCAAAAAUGUACUAAAAUAAAAGGUACUUAAAGUAUCACAUGUAAAAGUACUCCUGAUGUAGAAUGACCCCUUCCUAAUAUACAUAUAUCUAUAUACAUUACAUUAUUGGAAUAUUAGUAUUCAUUAAGCAACAGUUUGAAAAUGUUGCUGGUUGAGGUGGUAUUUAUUGGAACUAUAAAAGUUUGUUUUAGAGGGUCACAGUUACAGUUUGUUAAAGAGGGUUACAGUUACAGUUGGUGCUCUAGUAUUUAAAAGAAAAACAUGUUAGUGCUGCAACAAAGGAAUACUUUCAUUAUCAGUUAAUCUUUAGAUAUGUUUUUAUACAAAUAGAUGAUAAAAUGUCAGAAAGUCAUGCAAAACGAGACACUGGAGAAACCAGAGGUUUUACUGAUGAAUCACUUUAAUAGUCAAUAAUCAACAUUCUGUCAAUUGACAGAGGGUCAGUAGCGGGUGGAGAAGCCGUGGAUGUCCAGUUUAGAAAUGUCUCUCUCGUUGGAGAAGACGGCUCGGUCGAUUCGCGAGCUCGGACUGCCGACGCUCUUCAGCCAGAGUUUCCUGAAAAAAAAAAACAAGAAGAAGAAAUGUGGAUAUCUGUGUCAGAGAUGAACUCUAACUCUGAGGAGGUUCAGCAGAGUCUACAGAUCCACAUCAUUCGAGGUAAAGGUGUGACCAGGUACUCUCAGGGACUCUUUUAAUGACAUUUAUCUCCAGUGUGAUGUGUGAACUUUCAUCAGUAACAGAGACUCUGUUUCUGAAACAUGUUACUGGCAAUGAACAGCAGUUCAAUAACAAUGACAAAACAUUUAUACAACUAAUAUAAAUGUUAUUUUGUUCAUUUGUAUAAAUUUGUCAUCUAGCAAAUAAUCAGGAUUAUUGUUUGUCAUGUUUUCCAUAAUAAUAAAAAGCCACAUAUAACAUAAAGUGCUGCAUUAUAACGCAAUAACCCAACAAUCACAUAUAAACUCCCUGAUAGAGACCUGAUGCUUUUUGAUAAAUAUUGUUAUGAUGUUAUAUAAAAUGUUCAAAUAAUUAUUUUCAGUGUCAACAGUGAAACUUUAAACACAAUAAAUAGUUUUAUUUCUGAGUUCAAUACAAAGUACUGUCUGUUUCUGCAUUAUCUCUGAUUGAUGAUCAGCUCAAACGAAUUUUCAGGAGAAUUAUCUGUGAAUAAAUGAUUGAUUGAA